CCGAAGCACAACGCCGGCGUCGCUGGAUUGAGGUUUCCGGGCAACACUAGAGUGCAGGCUAUCCAUAUUUCCGAGACUGUAGACAUUUAUAUUCCAUCUGUUUUGAUUGUCUUAUCAAGGUGACAUUCUCUGCGGUAAUUUAAAGUAAGAGUCGCAAAUCAAACAUUUGUCUCCUUCGCAGAGCUUAAAAACUCAACGGAACAAUGGCUGAUCAGCUGACAGAGGAGCAGAUUGCUGAGUUCAAAGAGGCAUUCUCACUGUUUGACAAGGAUGGCGACGGUACGAUCACCACCAAGGAGCUCGGCACGGUGAUGCGCUCUCUGGGACAGAAUCCCACCGAAGCUGAACUGCAAGAUAUGAUCAAUGAGGUUGAUGCUGACGGAAAUGGAACGAUUGACUUUCCCGAGUUCCUGACUAUGAUGGCCAGAAAAAUGAAAGAUACAGAUAGUGAGGAGGAAAUCAGGGAAGCCUUUAGGGUAUUUGACAAGGACGGUAACGGCUACAUCAGCGCGGCGGAGCUACGGCACGUCAUGACCAACCUGGGUGAAAAGCUCACAGACGAGGAAGUGGAUGAGAUGAUCCGCGAGGCUGAUAUCGAUGGUGAUGGCCAGGUCAACUAUGAGGAGUUUGUCCAGAUGAUGACCGCCAAGUGAAGGGAGCGCUGAAAUUUCUCUCAAUGUUGCUCGUCCCACUAAGAUUACCGUCGUCUAAGAAACUUAAAAAGCAGGAACAGUUAUCAAAUGUCGAACAACCACCCCCUUCAAAAACCACUCGCCUGUAGGAAUUUUCUCAAUGUGUGCUUCAAAACAACCAAAUAAUACUUCGAAGGUAUCUGUUUAAAAAAAAAAGAAAAGCAAACAAACAAA